GGAUUCUUACCUAUCAAAUUCUUAAUUUAUUCUACUUCCAAAAUUCCUUCUCCCUUUUUGGAUUUUAUACCUAUUGACACCCAUUCUUAAGCAAUUAAGUUAUUUGCCUAUGAUCAUAAUUUAGAGGUAUUAUUUAUCAUACAUUUUUGAGUGAAUCCAAAUGUGAGAUUGUCAUUAUAGUUUCGAAGUUUCACAUUAGAGCCUAAUUAUUCAAUAGACACUUCAACUAUUUUGAAUUAACAGAUCAAUUGAAAAUUGAAAAGAGGAAGUUAAGAGAAUAUUAUCUGACUCUGAAAUUUAUCAAUAAUUAGAUUCUAAUUAAUUAUCUUUUACUUGAUGGUUUGAGCAAUAUUUACAGAUUAACAAGGGUCAGAUUGUGAUGACAAAUAGAAUUAUCGUUCUUUUUGGAAUUAACUCAAUAUUCUUAAAAUACACAGGAAAAAUAAUUACAACAAUUAA